AUGCGGCCCUCACGCUUGGAACGCCACUUGAGGACAACACAUCCUGCUCUAGCUGACAAGCCCAAGGCAUUCUUUAAAACAAAAAGACACUCCUUGAAGCAAGUUAAGUUGGACGGCAGUGGGGCAUUUCGGCAACAAACUUCAAUGGUUGUUGAGGCUUCCUAUGAGAUCGCCAUGUUGAUUGCAAAGAGCAAGAAGAGCCAUAACAUCGGAGAGUUUCUCAUAAAACCAAGCAUACUCCGUGCAGCAGAACUCGUUCUGGGGAAAGAUAGUGCAAACAAGCUUUCCCAAAUUUCACUAUCAAAUGAUACAGUCAAGGUAAGGAUCGAUGAAUUGUCUCAAGACAUCAAAGAUCAAAUUCUCGACCAAGUAAGAGAUUCUCCUGUUUUUGACAUCGCUCAGGCAACAGUGUAA